AUGGCUCAUCACGAUUGGUCUAAAAAGAUAUUGUUCUACGUCAAUGGAGAAAGGCAUCAAGUCGAAAACCCAAAUCCCAAUACAACCCUUGCAAAUUAUUUGAGAAGAAAAUUGCAUUUGACUGGAACAAAGAUUGCUUGUGGUGAAGGAGGUUGUGGGGCUUGUUGUGUGCUGGUUUCUCAUUACGAUCAUGAAAAUCACGUGAUUCGCAAUCGAAGUGUGAAUGCCUGUCUAUUCCCAUUAAUUCAAGCUGAUGGUUGUGCCAUUGUCACAGUCGAAGGAAUUGGAAAUAAUCAUGAAGACGUUUUGCAUUUAAUUCAAAAGAGAUUUCGAGAAUUUGGAGCUUCGCAAUGUGGAUUUUGUACCCCUGGUUUUGUCAUGAGUUUAUAUGCCUUGUUGAGAAAUAAUCCUCAUCCAUCUUUAGAGGAAAUUCAGAGAAGUUUGGAUGGUAAUUUAUGUCGAUGUACUGGAUAUCGAUCAAUUUUUGCUGCUGCCCAAACAUUUGCAAGAAUUCCUUAUCAAGACACCGAGUAUGAACCCUCUUCAUCAUCAUCAGGAGGCUGUAGCGAAGGUGAUAAUUGUUGCAUGAAAAAAGGAAACAACAAGGGAAAUGAUUGUGGAAAUGAUUGUUGUCAAAAAACUUCAGUCCAUUCAAUCUCUCCCCCAACUACAAUCGUAGAUGAAAAUGGUAAAGUCGUGGACACACAUUCACGAGCUCACAUUGUUGGAAAUCAUGUCUACACAUUGAACGGACAGAAACAUCCACUCUUUCCAGCAGAACUAAGAAGGUAUGAUCCAGCAGAAAGACCUCUCUAUGUUGAAUCAAAACCACAAUCAGGUGUUGAGAGAGGAGAAACACAAACUCAUUAUUUUAGACCCACCACUCUUCAGGAAUUGCUUGCAUUGAGAAAAAAAUUUGAAGGUGAAAAACAUUUAAGAAUCAUUUGUGGCAAUACAGAGUUGGGAAUUGAAACCAAAUUCAAAAAGUAUGAACACUAUAGAUAUUAUAUUGAAGCACUGAGAGUGAAGGAAUUAUUGGUAAAGAAAAUUAAUUAUGCAGAAGAAUCUAUCUCUCAUGAGAAUUCUUCUUCCAAUGGUUUGUUAACAGGAAAAAGCAUUGAAAUUGGGGCCUCUGUGACUCUGACCAACAUGUUGAACUUUUUCAAAGAGGCCAUGGAGAGUCUGCCAUCCUAUCAAUGUAAUGGAUUGAAAGCUGUAUGUGAACAAAUUGAGAGAUUUGCAUCCACGUCUAUUAGAAAUGCAGCUUCAUUGGGUGGUAAUGUGGUUACUGCAUCACCCAUCUCUGAUUUAAACCCAAUUUGGAUUGCUCUUGGUGCAUCUCUUAAUCUCAUUAAUUGCGAUCAAGAAAAACGUACUGUUCCAUUCAGUGAAUUCUUUUUAGGAUAUCGAAAAGUGGAUUUGAGAGAUGACGAAAUUCUCGUUUCAAUUACUAUUCCACUAUUCCAACCAAAUGAUUUUCCAAAAGGAACCAUUCAAAUUGUUCAAUCAUACAAACAAGCCAAAAGAAGAGAGGACGAUAUUGCCAUUGUCAAUGCUGGAAUGAGUAUGGUUGUUGAAAAAGAGACUGGAAAAAUUCAUACUUGUCAACUAGCAUUUGGAGGAAUGGCUGUUAAAACCGUUACUGCUUCUAAAACCGUUCAAUACUUGACAGGAAACACUCUCUCUAAUGAAACAUGUCAAAAAGCCAUUGAAUUACUUCAACAAGAUUUACCUCUCCCUCAAAACGUUCCUGGAGGAAUGUCUGAAUAUAGACGUACCCUGACGUUAAGUUUCUUCUACAAGUUUUACGUUCAAUUAGUGAAAGAUUGUUCUUUGAGAAAACUCACUGAGGAGGAAGAAAGUGUGCUCUUGUCAAGCUUCCAUAAGCCUUAUCCAAUUGGACAUCAAUAUUAUCAACCCAAAGAAGUUGGAACUGCUGUUGGUAAACCAAUUCCACAUAAUUAUAGUCAUCUUCAAGUCACUGGAGAGGCAACUUAUGUUCAAGAUAUUCCACCUCAAUCGAGAGAGCUUUAUGCUUAUCCAGUUCUCUCGAACAAACCCUAUGCGAAAAUUAAAAAAGUGGAUCCUUCAAGAGCAUUGACCUUUGAAGGAGUUGUUUCAUGGGUGGAUUGGAGAGAUGUGAAAGGAUCCAAUCGAGUUGGAGCUGUCAUUCAUGACGAGGAAGAACUAUUCCUUACUACUGAAACAACAGCUGUGGGUCAGCUCAUUGGAUUUAUUUUAGCAGAGACUCAUCUUAAAGCAAUGGUUGCUGCAAAAGCUGUUCAUGUGGAGUACGAAGAAAAUGAAAAUCCCAUUCUUUCUAUUGAUGAUGCAUUGCAAAAAGGAGCACCAGUUUUAAUUGAAAGAAAGAUGUUCAGAGGUGAUAGUGUCGCUAAAUUUGAGGAGCUCAGCAAUAAUGAAGACAUUGAAAUUAUUGAAGGAGAUAUCAAAAUUGGUGGACAAGAACAUUUCUAUUUCGAAACACAGAGUUGUCUAAUUCUUCCAGGAAAAUAUGGUUUAAGCGGAGAUGAAGGAGAAGUGGUGGUCUUUUCCUCGACACAAAGUCCUUCUCAUACUCAGUCCAUGGUUGCUUCUGUUUUGGGAAUUCCAGAUAAUAAGGUGAUUACCAAGUUGAAACGUCUAGGAGGUGGAUUUGGAGGCAAGGAAUCAAGAAGUUGUAUUUUGGCAGCUGCUGCAGCUGUCGCAGCUAAAAAAGUAAAUCGUCCUGUGAGAUGCAUUCUUGAUCGAGAUAUCGAUAUGGCUCACACCGGUCAAAGACAUCCUUGUUAUGCUAAAUAUAAGAUAGCCAUUAAUAAGAAGACACUAAAAUUUGAGGCCAUUCAUACAGAUAUCUAUUUAAAUGGAGGUUACAGUUUGGAUUUCUCUAAGGGAGUUUUGGAAAGGGCUCUCUAUAGUUUUGAUAAUGUCUAUUACAUGCCUCAUGUCACGGUAAUUGGAAAAGCCUUCAAAACAAAUUUACCAACCAACACUGCAUUUAGAGGAUUUGGAGGCCCUCAAGGAUUAAUGGUUUGUGAGACCAUUGUUGAACAUGUGUCUCAUGCACUUUCUGUGAAAUAUCCACAGCUCAAUUCAGACAAAUCUCAACUUUGUAAUGACAUUAGACAAAUUAACAUGUACACUGAACACAAUGCCAUUACACCUUACAAGCAACUCAUCGGUGAUGUUCAUAGAAUAAGACUCAUGUGGGAAAGAAUUCAUGAAAUCACCAAUUAUCCACAAAGAUUGAAACAAGUGAAUGAAUACAAUAAGAAACACAAGUAUCAAAAGAGAGGAAUUUCACUCAUUCCAACCAAGUUUGCAAUUUCAUUUGGAGUCACCUUUUUGAAUCAAGCCACAGCACUUGUUAAUAUUUAUAGUCAUGAUGGAAGUGUAUACAUUUCGCAUGCAGGAUGUGAAAUGGGACAAGGUGUCCACAUUAAGGUCGCACAAUGUGCGGCCACUUCUCUUGGCAUUCCUCUCGAUUUAAUUCAUGUUGGAGAGACUUCCACUGAUAAGGCGCCAAAUACAAGUGCUACAGCAGCAAGUGUUGGAAGUGACUUGAAUGGAUUCGCUACAAAGAAUGCGUGUGAAAAAAUUAAUGAAAAUUUAUCCAAGCUCAAGAAGGAACUAUUCCCUGAAUUGUACAUGGAACAUAAUUUGAAUGAUUUAAACUACGUACCUAUUUUAACACAUGAUCAAUGGAGAAAGUUGGUGAAAACAGCUUAUUUGAAUUGUAUUCCAUUAUCGUCGACAGGAUUUUACAAAACUCCUAAUUUGUGUAUGGAUUGGGACAAGUGUGAAGGAACUCCCUUCUCAUAUUUCACUUAUGGCGUUGCUUGUAGUGAAGUUCAAAUUGAUACUCUCACUGGUGAUUGGAGUGUAUUACGAACGGAUAUUGUAAUGGAUGUUGGUGAUAGCUUGAAUCCAACAAUUGACAUUGGUCAGAUAGAAGGAGCUUUCAUUCAAGGAAUGGGUUAUUACACAAUGGAAGAAUUAAUCUUUGGAGAUUCAGCCCAUCCAUGGGUUCAGGCAGGCCAUCUAUUCACUAAAGGACCAGGAAAUUACAAAAUUCCUUCAGGAAAUGAUUUACCAGACGAAUUUAAUGUUCAUUUAUUGAGAGAUGAUAUGGAAAGGCCAUUCCCAAGUUCAGUCUAUUCAUCGAAGGGUAUUGGUGAGCCACCAUUGUUUUUAGCUUCCUCUGUGUUGUUUGCCAUUCGUCAUGCGAUUUUUGACUUGAGAAAGCAAAUGGGUUUGAAUGAUUACUUUGUGUUGGAUUCUCCUGCAACCACUGAAAGAAUUAGAAUGUUGUGCUCAGAUCAAUUUACCAAUUAUUUCAAUAAGGAGCAGUGUUUUAGAGCCAAAGGCAGUUUUUGA